UUAUACUCCCAAAAACCAACCCAUGAAUACAGUUAUGCAAGCUUCGCCACCCAAAGCUACCAGGCUUAUGAAGCCAACAUUGACUUUGAGAUCAGGUUCAUGGUGGACAGUGAUGUGGUCGGUUGCUGCUGGAUUGAGCUUCCUAAAGGGAAGUACAGGCUGAGGGAGGAGAGAAGUGAAGGACAGACAGGCUCAAAAUAUCCCGGAAAGGUGUCCCUGUGUCAGUACGAGGUGGAUGUGGCAUGGAAUGACUUGGUCAGUCAUCCAGCUGAAGGAGAAUGGCAGAGGAUCGCUCCACUCAGAGUACUGAGCUUUGAUAUUGAGUGUGCUGGCAGAAAAGGCGUGUUUCCAGAGCCGGAGAUUGAUCCUGUGAUUCAGAUCGCCUCUAUGGUGCAGCGUCAGGGAGAGAAGGAGCCGUUUAUCCGGACGGUCUUCACCUUACAGAGCUGUGCCAGUAUAGUGGGCUCCCAGAUUCUCUGCUUUACGCAAGAGAAACUGCUACUGCAGAGUUGGGCUGAGUUUGUGAGGACAGUGGAUCCUGAUAUCAUCACUGGCUACAAUAUCCAGAACUUUGACCUUCCGUACCUCCUCAACAGAGCUGCAACCUUAAAGGUGAAUGUGUUCCCAUAUCUGGGUCGUGUGUGGAGCAGUAAAUCGGUCCUGAAAGACUCCAGCUUCCAGAGCAAGCAGAUGGGCCGCAGAGAGAACAAAACAGUCAAUAUGGAGGGACGUGUGCAGUUUGACCUACUACAGGUGUUGCUGAGGGAUUAUAAACUACGCUCUUACACACUAAACGCCGUCAGUUUUCAUUUUCUGCAGGAGCAGAAGGAGGAUGUGCAGCAUUCUAUCAUCACAGACCUACAGAAUGGGAAUGAGCAGACCCGCAGGCGUUUGGCUGUGUACUGUCUGAAGGAUGCGUAUCUGCCCCUGCGCUUGCUGCAGAAGUUAAUGUGCGUCAUUAAUUACAUGGAAAUGGCCAGAGUUACUGGGGUGCCCCUGACCUACCUGCUCUCUCGUGGACAGCAGAUUAAAGUGGUUUCACAGCUCCUGAGACAGGCUAUGAAGCAGGAUCUGGUGAUGCCAGUGGUGAGGACGGAGGGUGGGGAGGACUACACUGGAGCCACUGUCAUAGAACCAGAGAAAGGGUAUUACAGUGUUCCUAUAACAACUCUGGAUUUCUCCUCACUGUAUCCCUCCAUCAUGAUGGCCCAUAAUUUAUGUUACACUACACUCCUGCAGAAAAGCCAGGUGGAGAAACUCAGUCUUUCUCCAGAAGAUUUCAUCAAGACCCCCACAGGUGAUCUGUUUGUGAAGAGCUCUGUGAGGAAGGGCCUUCUCCCUGAGAUCCUAGAAAACCUGCUGAGUGCCAGGAAAAGAGCAAAGGCAGAGCUGAAGAAAGAGACAGACCCCUUUAAAAAGCAGGUGCUGGAUGGAAGGCAGUUGGCUUUGAAGAUCAGUGCAAACUCCGUGUACGGGUUCACUGGGGCUCAGGUGGGCAAACUGCCCUGUCUGGAGAUCUCACAGAGCGUCACAGGCUUUGGUAGGCAGAUGAUUGAACAGACCAAACAGCAUGUGGAAUCAAAAUACACGAUCUCUAAUGGUUACCAGGCAGAUGCAAAGGUCAUCUACGGAGACACAGACUCUGUGAUGGUGAAACUAGGUGUGGCCACAGUGCAGGAAGCAAUGAAUCUGGGAAAGGAGGCAGCUGAUUGGGUCUCCUCCUACUUUGUUCCACCAAUCAAAUUAGAGUUUGAAAAGGUGUAUUACCCAUAUCUGUUGAUCAAUAAGAAGCGGUACGCCGGGUUGUAUUUCUCUUCUAAUGCUGAACAUCAUGAUAAGAUGGAUUGCAAAGGAAUUGUGUCCAGUAAUCGCAGUAAUGGUGACCAGGUUGGGCUUUAA